UUUUUUUAAUAGAUAAAAGUAUAAAACAACGAUUCUUGUUGUGUUCAACAAAAAAAAAGUUAAAAUCCCACUUAGACGAGUUAUUGAUUUCAACGUUGGCUUCCUGCUGCUCGUUUCACAUGUGUUUCAUGCUUCCAACGAUUAUUAUUAUAGAGGAGAUACUCAAUCAUAACAGAGAGUUACUAUUUAAAAAGUUGAAAUUAGAAAAGCACAAAAGUCAAAGGAACGUAAAACGACCUCGUUUCCUACUUACAUGGAACGGCGUCGUUUGCAUACUCUCUCCCGAUCGAUUCCGGGACACUGAAGAACCAACCCUUAAAUCUUUUAAUUGGUUUCGCAAAUUGUUUCUGGGUAUUACUUUUCGGAACCUGGGUACGAUUCAGGUUUCAGACUUCAGGCUUACGUUCCUUGCCUUCGGAUCCUGAUACUACUAAACAGAUCCACAGAGGGAUGAAGAUUGCUAUUGAAGGGUGUAUGCACGGAGACCUUGACAAUGUGUACAAGACGAUUAAACAUCAUGAACAGCUUCACAACACCAAAGUCGACCUCCUCCUCUGCUGCGGCGAUUUUCAGGCUGUGAGAAACGAGAAGGACAUGGAUAGCCUUAACGUACCUAUAAAAUACAAAGAGAUGAAAUCCUUCUGGAAGUACUACUCAGGCCAAGAAGUUGCCCCGAUUCCCACAAUUUUCAUUGGAGGGAAUCACGAGGCUUCGAACUACAUGUGGGAAUUGUAUUAUGGGGGUUGGGCUGCCACCAAUAUAUACUUUCUGGGCUAUGCCGGAGUUGUGAAGUUCGGUAAUGUGCGAAUUGGAGGUCUUUCCGGUAUUUACAAGAUGCAGGAUUACCGCUCAGGACAUUUUGAGCGGCCUCCAUACAAUGAGAGAACCAUCAGAUCGGUCUAUCACGUUCGUGAGUUUGAUGUCCAGAAGCUGAUGCAACUUGAAGAGCCGCUUGAUAUAUUUCUCUCACACGAUUGGCCUGUUGGAAUCACUGACUGUGGAGACUCAAGAGCUCUUAUUCAGCAAAAACCUUACUUCCGUGAAGAGAUUGCGCAGAGAACUCUUGGAAGUAAACCAGCGGCUCUACUGCUAGAAAAACUGAAGCCUCGGUAUUGGUUUUCAGCACAUUUACACUGCAAAUUUGCUGCUGCUGUUCAACAUGGGAACGAUGGCUCAGUGACCAAGUUUCUUGCCCUCGAUAAAUGCCUUCCGGGGAGAAAGUUUCUACAGAUUAUUGAAAUCGAAUCAGAGCCUGGACCUUUUGAGGUCCUGUACGAUGAAGAGUGGCUAGCAAUAACCAGAAAGUUCAAUUCUGUCUUCCCGCUAACAAAGAGAUGGGCAAAUUUCAGCUCUGCUGCAAUGAAUAUGCAAGAGUGCCGAGAGUGGGUGAGGAAGAAGCUAGAGGAAAGUCAAUUUAAACCUUUUGAGUUUGCGAGGACAGUCCCUGCAUAUAACCCUUCACAACAUAACUUCGACUCCAUACCUGAGAUCCCGCAGAAUCCUCAGACACUGUCUUUGUUAGAGCUCCUUGGUCUCCCAUAUCUCCUUGAUUCAUCACCAGUAACCGGAGAAAGAACCGGGAUCCCCGCUUCACCGGCUCCAUCAGAUUUGCCGACAUAUGAUAGCGAAGAAAUCCCAAUUGAUGACAUUGAUGAAAUAGAAGAGAUAGAGGAAGCAAAAGCGGAUAACCCUACGAGAGACUGAGGUACAAAUCUCUCUAUUCUAGUGGUCGGAGUCUUUGUUGAUCGUUAAGCUGGAAAAAACAACCACAUUCGUAGGGGUUUUGUAAUCUAGAAAAUGAGUUUUUUCUUUCUAAAUUUUGUUAUCAGCAUAAGUUUUGUUUGUGAUAUUAAAAAAAAAAAUGAAUCAUUAACGUGUUGGAAAUAAAUGUUCACCCAUUUUCCAAGAAAGUCGAGCAGUUUUCUUCCUGAAGUACUCUGGCAUGCAUUGGCUUGGCUACUACUCUC